UGGGAACCCAUUUUUUUUUUCGACACUCCCCCUACAUGGAAUUUUCCAUGCGGCCCGGAAGUGGUCGCAUUCCACAGCCGACUUUGAACUGCUGUGCACAAGCUGUGGCGCCGGAAUGGCCACGACCGCGAAGUCAUCCGAAGGAUUAUUCCGGUCAAAUGAUGAGGCAAUUUGAGGGAUUCGGACUCCGUUUCAGCCACUGUUAUUUAAACCAGAGACCCAAUUCAUCAGUUGCAGGCGUCUGUUUAUCUGGUACCGUUGUCCCUGCUUGUCAAUUUCUCAAUAUAUUGAUUGGAUGCGUCGAUCUGUUAGCAAAGCAGCCAACUUUUCCAAUCCGACUAUGGCCGCAAAGCUUAUGCGCGCGGUGCAGUAUGACCGUUAUGGAGACGGGGCUGCAGCUUUGAAGCAAGUUGAAGUUCCUAUUCCCACUCCCAGUAGAGAUGAAAUCUUGCUAAAGGUAGAGGCGGUAAGCUUAAACCCAUUUGAUGGCCGGAUUCAGAAAGGCGUCGCCCGCCCUGUUCUUCCAGGCCGAUUUCCGUACACACCAGCAACUGAUGUAGCAGGGGAGGUAAUUGAGGUUGGUUCUGAUGUUAAAAAUUUCAAAGUGGGCAACAAAGUUCUCACAGUGUUCAGCUUUCGCAAUGGGGGCGGAUUAGCGGAGUAUGCAAUAGCUAAGGAGAACUCAGUAGUGGAAAGGCCACCUGAGGUAUCUGCUGCUGAAGCUGCUGGCCUACCAAUCGCAGGUCUGACUGCUUACCUGGCCCUCACUGAAGUGUCCGGAAUCAAGCUCGAUGGGAGCACCAUCACCCUCAAGAAGAACAUUCUUGUAACUGCUGCCUCAGGCGGAGUUGGUCACUACACUGUUCAACUUGCAAAGCUCGGGAAUGUACACGUCACUGCCACCUGUGGGACCCGCAACAUAGGAUUCGUGAAGAGCUUAGGUGCGGACGAGGUUCUUGACUACACGACCCCGGAUGGAGCAUCCCUCAAGAGUCCCUCAGGCGUGAAAUAUGACGUUGUCAUUCAUUGUACCACCGACAUCCCCUGGAGUACCUUUCAGUCUAACUUGAGUGCGAAUGGGAAGGUGAUACACCUAACUCCUAACCCCACCACCUUCUGCACAUUUGCCUUUCAAAAACUUACGUUCUCGAAGAAGCAAUUGGUGCCAUGGUUUUUGACCCCCAAGAGCGAAGACCUUGCACGUGUUGUUGGGUUGGUCAAAGAGGGGAAGCUUAAGACUACCAUUGAUUCGAGGCAUCCUUUAAGCAAAGCUGACAUUGGUUGGGCCAAGAUGAUGAGCGGACAUGCUACUGGGAAAAUCAUAGUGGAGCCAUAAUUACAAUGUGCAUAUAGUAUAUGUAUAUUAAGCUUGACAUGGUUUUGUUAUAAAAAAUAUGUGCAUUUGCAAUUAGUUUUAAACGAGUAGUUAAUGCUUUUACAUAUUGUACAUUGAUUUUUGUAUUAAAGUAUGAUUUUUGUUAGCAAUCUUCUUAUAUUGUACAUUGAUUUUUCUAGUGGUUUUAAACGAGUAGUUAAUGC